AUGUUACAAGACGAGGGACGGCAAGAUUUCUGGGCCGCGGACAGUAAUCGCCGGGCUUGGAUCGAUGACCGCAAAUCCGCUAGCCCACGCAUGCGCGGCUUUCUCCAUGGCACCGGGGUAAUAUUCCGCGAGCUCGGGGUACGCGCAUUCUUCCAGGGCUUUGUGCCAACGACGGCACGACAGGCUGCUAACUCUGCCACUCGUUUUGGCAGUUAUACGACCAUCCGGCAGUUUGUGCAGGGAUAUGUAGCGCCAGGGGAGAGGUUGGGCGCUGCGAGUACGUUCGCCAUUGGAGGACUGGCAGGUCUGAUCACAGUAUAUGUGACCCAACCCCUGGAUACGAUUAAGACUCGAAUGCAAUCCAUCGAAGCUCGAAAGAACUAUAAGAAUAGUUUUGUUUGCGCGACUACCAUUUUCAAAAACGAGGGCGUUCUCACAUUCUGGUCAGGGGCUUUGCCGCGGUUGGCACGUCUGGUUAUAAGCGGAGGUAUUGUUUUCACGAUGUAA